AUGAAUUUCGAGCUCUUAACAAUUUACAUUAAGAUUGCGCACUUCAUAACGCUGACGAGUACUCAAGAAGAUGUGUACGGUAAAAUAUUUAUUUCUGGGAUGGCUGUUACUUCAGAUGCUACUUAACGUGCAUGUAGCUAGCAAAUCUAAUGAUAAUACAGGUGACACCACUGUUCAGGACAAUACAAAUGCCACUAAAAGUCAGACCAAUACAGCUAACGACACUAAUCAGGACAAUGCAUGGAAAGGCAUCAGAGAAAAAAAUAAGGAAGAAUCAAUAGACCACGACGACGAUACUGAAGAUAGUUCAACCACUAGAUCUACUGGGGAGGAGCCUGUAUUUUACAAGUACUGCGAUGAUAUAUUUAACGAUAGCAAUAUGCCAAUUUUGAUUAUCAAAGAGAUAUGGAAGCACUUGAACAAAUAUCUAAAAAAUCUGUGUGGCACCGCUGGUUUAAAUCCACAAGCGAAGAUUACUGUAAUCGGAGAAUUAUAUUGUCGUGGUUCAGUGCAAGGGACAAUGAAUUCUUUGAUGGACCUAUUUAACAAAAAGCUGGAAAAGCAAUGUCAAGAAAUCCAUCACUUCCAUGGUGUAUAUUUUGUUUUCUGAAGAAUAUCAAAUUGUAAGAAUUUAAACUGCUCUCAUAAUAAAAUGUAAAGAGUCAAUACGCAGUUAAUGCAGCUAAUAGGC